UCCAUUAAAGACAAAGCAGCCAAAAAAGGCAACGCAGCUUUGCCUCCUCCUCCUCCUCGCCUCACUGCUCGGCCACUCCCUCCCCACUCCCGCUUUCCCAAACCCUAACCCCCCGCGAUCUCCUAGCCGGUGCCGCCGCUCCCAGGCAUGCCGCCAUUUGGCAGCGCGGUCGAGGUCGACUGAUCCGCCUGCCUUCCGGAGUCGCUCCUUCAGUCCGCCGCCGCUCCUCUCUCGGUGUCCACUGGGGUGGAGUACUGGAGUGGGGAUCCGUCCGAACAUAGAGGACUGGUUUCUUCUUUUGCAAGUUGUUUCUCAGUUUCUCUCUUUGGAAUGUUCUGCGGUGGUGCUGUUCGGGCAUUGGUGAAGAUGAAGGGGAUUGGGCUUGCCUGCUUGCUUCUUAUCUUUGUGCAACAAGUGGUCCUUGGAACACAUGACGUGUACAUUGUGACUAUGGAAGGCGAUCCAGUUGUGAGCUACAGAGGUGGCGUUGAAGGAUUCCCUGUGACUGCGGUGGAUGUGGACGAUGAGAUGGAAGUUACCAGUGAGGCUGUCACAUCAUACUCGCUCCACCUCCGAAGGCACCAUGACAAGCUCCUGGACUCACUUUUUGUAGAAGGAACUUACGAGAAGCUUUAUAGUUACCAUCAUCUUAUCAAUGGUUUUGCAGUCCACAUGUCAUCCUUGCAGGCUGAAUUCUUGAGGAAAGCCCCAGGAGUUAAGCAUGUCGAAAGAGAUAUGAAGAUACAGAAAUUGACUAUACACACUCCGCAGUUUCUUGGAUUGCCAACAGGGGUAUGGUCCACAGGAGGUGGAUUUGAUAGAGCCGGUGAAGGCGUUGUGAUCGGCUUUGUGGAUUCUGGAAUUUAUCCCCAACACCCAAGCUUCUCUGCACACAAAACUGAUCCUUAUGAACCUGUUCCUCAUUAUAAAGGAAAAUGCGAGAUGGAUCCAGUAACACGAAGAAGCUUCUGUAAUGGGAAGAUAGUUGGGGCCCAGCAUUUUGCUAAAGCUGCAAUUGCUUCUGGAGCAUUUAAUCCCGAUGUCGACUUUGCAUCUCCGUUAGAUGGUGAUGGUCAUGGAAGUCAUACAGCAGCAAUUGCUGCUGGAAACAAUGGAAUUCCGGUGCGGAUGCAUGGCCAUGAAUUUGGCAAAGCAAGUGGCAUGGCUCCACGUGCUAGGAUAGCUGUGUACAAGGUUCUUUACAGACUUUUCGGUGGUUAUGUAUCUGAUGUUGUGGCAGCCAUUGAUCAGGCUGUUCAGGAUGGGGUUGACAUUCUCAACCUUUCUGUUGGACCAAAUAGCCCACCAACAGCUACGCGAACUACGUUUAUGAAUCCUUUUGAUGCAGCGCUUCUUUCUGCUGUGAAAGCUGGGGUGUUUGUUGCCCAAGCUGCAGGAAAUGGAGGACCAUUUCCAAAAACACUGGUGUCUUUCAGCCCAUGGAUAACUACUGUUGCUGCUGGAGUUGAUGACCGCAGAUACAAAAAUCAUUUGACACUGGGAAAUGGAAAACUUCUUCCCGGACUUGGUGUAUCACCGGCGACACAUGGGAAUAAGUCAUUCGACCUGAUUUCUGCAGCUGAUGCUCUACUGGGUUCGUCUGAAACCAAGUACAGUGCUUUAGACUGUCAGAGGCCAGAACUCUUGAGUAAGAGGAAAGUUCAGGGCAAAAUUCUUUUGUGUGGCUAUUCUUUCAAUUAUAUUUCUGGGACAGCUUCAAUCAAGAAAGUGUCUCAGACUGCCAGGAGUCUUGGUGCAGCUGGAUUUGUUGUUGCUGUGGAGAAUAGUUACCCAGGAACAAAAUUUGAUCCUGUACCUGUCAGUAUCCCUGGGAUUCUCAUUACAGAUGUCAGCAAAACACAGGAUCUUAUAGACUACUACAACUCUUCCACAAUAAGAGACUGGGCUGGAAGGGCUACAGUAUUCAAAGCAACAGCAAGUAUUGCAGAUGGUUUGGCACCGACGCUAUACAAUUCAGCUCCCCAGGUUGCAUUGUUCUCUUCUCGAGGGCCUGAUGUAAAAGAUUUUAGCUUUCAAGAUGCUGAUGUUCUUAAGCCAGAUAUACUCGCUCCUGGCAAUCUUAUAUGGGCUGCAUGGGCGCCUAAUGGAACAGAUGAAGCCAACUAUGCUGGAGAAGGAUUCGCAAUGGUUUCUGGAACUAGCAUGGCUGCACCACAUAUCUCUGGCAUUGCGGCACUAAUAAAACAGAAGAACCCCAAAUGGAGCCCCUCAGCAAUAAAGUCUGCCUUGAUGACUACUGCCAAUACACUGGACAAAGGGAGCCAUCCUCUUAGAGCGCAGCAAUACUCUGCAUCAGAAAUGAUGACACUUUCACGGGCCACACCAUUUGAUUGUGGUAGUGGCGCGGUUAACCCUAAAGCUGCCCUUGAUCCUGGCCUUGUUCUUGAUGCAACCCAUGAAGACUACAUCACAUUUCUGUGCUCAACCCCGGAUGUCGAUCACAGUGAAGUGUCAAACAUAACUGGUUCAGCUUGCAGCUCCAGCUCCAAGGGACAACGCCCUUAUGAUCUCAACAUUCCCUCCAUCACCAUAUCACAACUUAGAGGCACGCAGACAGUGAAGCGGACUGUCACAAGCGUGGUCGAUGAGACCGAAACCUACACCAUCAUGACAAGAAUGCCACCAGAGAUUGCACUGGAGGUGACGCCUCCGGCAGUCACGGUGCUCCCCGGAGCAUCAAGAGAGAUAACAGCGAUCUUGACAACAAGGUCCGUGACAGGCACCUACAGUUUCGGCGAGAUCACAAUGAAAGGUGACCGAGGUCACCUCGUCAGAAUCCCAGUGGUAGCUAUGGGAUUCAAAUAGAUAGACAUCCGAGACAGGUGCUAGAUAAUAGGAAGGGCGAGUUAUGCCUCCGAAGUCGGAAGCUUCGAGCUGAUGAGGAAUGUUGUAAUUUUUUGUAGCUUGUAGGGAGAAUAAGAGUUAGCACAAUGCUGUACUUUUGUAUUACGCAUGUCCUCCAGGUUGUGAAAUAUAUAUGGGGGUAUUUCAGCCUAUGGGACAUGACCAGGGGACCUCUUGUAUCCAGCCUUGUUCUAAUUCUAAUGCAAGGGAAUCUCAUCUUA